AUGUCGUCUCCACCGCACGAGCCAGACGAACCCGGCCCAGCCGUACCUCACCAGCAAGCCCGCACCCUCCUCUCGACCUUCACAACCUUUCUGACCCUCACACUACACACCAUCCUCUACCACCGCGGCCUCUACCCACGAGAAACCUUCCUCCUAGCCAGACACCACAACCUCCCCGUCCCGCAAUCCCGCCACCCGGGUCUCUGCGCCUGGAUCUCCGACGCCGUCGAGCAGAUCCAGCCCCUUCUAGCCGCCGGCUCCCUCGCCAGAGUCUGCAUCAACACCCACCUCCCGCGCACCCUCGCCGUGGCCGAGCGCUGGGUCUUCGACGUCGCCCAGUUCCCGGCUUGGGCCGAGGAAGGGGCCGACCCCAGCGCCUGGGAGGAGAAGGACCGCAGAGAGCGCAGGACGCGAAGACCCCUGGACGAGGAGGAGCUCGACGAACUCGAGCAGGAUAGGACCGUCAACUGGGUGGAUGUGGACGAAGCCAUCCGUGGUGCCUUGAGGAGGAUUGCCUACGCGGCUGAGACGAAGGGGGCGCUGCCGGAGGGUAGUACAUUCACCGUCGCUGUCGAGCUGAGAGACGAGGCGCCCGCGCCAGUUGGGUAUUCCCAACCCUGGAUCCCUACCGAACCUGCCCUUCAACCGGCGUCCCAAUCCAACCCAGUCCCCGGGUCUGCAAUAGGAGGCGCAUCCACUACACCGUUGCGAACCGUUCAGGCUGGACCACUUUUCUUCGAGUGCUGGGUGGAAGAGGCCCAAGCCCCUCCGCAGACCGCCGAGCCGUCUGCUCAAAACUCGGGGUUUUCAUGA